AUGAACUACGUGACAAUGCGUUCUCUUCAGUUCAUAGUCCUAGUCAUAUCUACGUUAGUAACUUUUUUAAUCGUGGGGUGUCAUGGCGAACAAAAACAGCCAGAUCCAGACUCGUAUGUGAGUCAGCUGAUCGCAGAUUUGUGGUUGGAAGGAGCCGAAGUCAUCAGGAUUAUAUGGCGAGAUUGUUCGAAGAAACUGGUGGACGUGAAGGACGUUAUAGAUCACAAGGAAUACUUCCCGAAGUUCGUGAGAUGUAUGAAGAGGAAAACUCUAAGAGCUCUCGACCGGUCGUUGACCCCAGACGUGGUGCCUGUAGCCGAUGGGAUCAACUUGGUGCGGUUCGAGCUCGUCGACAGAUCUGGAAAUGUUAUGCCUGAGAAUGAAACUAGUACCUGGACAGAAAAGGAAUUAGAAGAAGGAGAGUGGCGUACACUUGCAGUUCAAAGAAUGGCCAAAGUUCUCAGAACUCACGUUAUCAAGUUUGAUUUCGACGACGGAAAAAGUAUUGACAAAGUUGAAUACCGAGGUCGACGCCGUCAUCAGAUGAUGACAAUGAUGAUGUUUGGCAUCGUGUCCAUCGGCAUGGUCCUGGUUCCUAUGGGCUUUCAAUUCCUCGCAGUCUUGGGAGGAAAAGCGCUUUUGCUUGCUAAAAUGGCGCUCAUUCUUGCUUCGAUACAAGGACUUAAGAAGAUCGCUUCAAGUCCGGUGAACUACGGGUUUUAUCACUCCUAUCCAUACGACUAUUACGAGAAGAGGAGUCGAAAUGACUGGCCUCCACCUGGAAUCAUGCCUGGCACACCUCCACCUGCCUUAUCAGUACACAACCCUUGGACAGACACAGAAAUCAUAAAACGUGAUAGAAUUCAUAUUGCUACUGAUAAAGAACUUAAAACUAAAAGCCCAGAAAUAGUGACGUGGAAACCUGAAACAUCGAAAUCCAUCAAACAAGAAGCAGAACCGAGAUUGUAUCCGAUUUACGCUGGGCCGUCAGACGUACCAGGUCCCAUUUUCACAGCCAUCGAUGCACCUACUCCUUUGGCCGAUUUGACGACACAACCAGGUGAUGUGCAAGCCGAUUACGCAAUCGAUCUCCCGUUCAAUCGAUUUCAUUUUCAAAGUCCCACUACUGUCGUUUCAGCUUGA